GGCGGCGGCGCGGGGCGCUCGGGCUGAUGGCGGCGGCGGCCGGCCCUGGGACGGCGCUGUCCCCGCGGCCGUGCGACAGCGAGCCGGCCACCCCCGGAGCGCAGUCCCCGAAGGAUGAUAAUGAAGAUAAUUCAAAUGAUGGGACCCAGCCAUCCAAAAGGAGGCGAAUGGGCUCAGGCGAUAGCUCUAGGAGUUGUGAAACUUCAAGUCAAGAUCUUGGCUUUAGCUACUAUCCAGCAGAAAAUUUGAUAGAGUACAAAUGGCCACCUGAUGAAACAGGAGAAUACUAUAUGCUUCAAGAACAAGUCAGUGAAUAUUUGGGUGUGACCUCCUUUAAACGGAAAUAUCCAGAUUUAGAGCGACGAGAUUUGUCUCAUAAGGAGAAACUCUACCUGAGAGAGCUAAAUGUCAUCACAGAAACUCAAUGCACUCUAGGUUUAACAGCAUUGCGCAGUGAUGAAGUGAUUGAUUUAAUGAUAAAAGAAUAUCCAGCCAAACAUGCUGAAUAUUCUGUUAUUCUACAAGAAAAGGAACGUCAACGAAUUACAGAUCAUUAUAAAGAGUAUUCUCAAAUGCAACAACAGAAUACUCAGAAAGUUGAAGCCAGCAAAGUGCCUGAGUACAUUAAGAAAGCUGCCAAAAAAGCAGCUGAAUUUAACAGCAACCUAAACCGGGAACGUAUGGAAGAAAGAAGAGCUUAUUUUGACUUACAGACGCACGUUAUCCAGGUGCCUCAAGGGAAGUACAAAGUGUUACCAACAGAGCGAACCAAAGUCAGUUCUUACCCAGUGGCCCUCAUCCCCGGACAGUUCCAGGAAUAUUACAAAAGGUACUCACCGGAUGAACUGCGGUAUUUGCCGUUAAACACGGCACUUUACGAGCCCCCUCUGGAUCCUGAGCUCCCUGCUCUAGAUAGUGAUGGUGAUUCAGAUGAUGCUGAAGAUGGUCGAGGUGAUGAGAAACAGAAAAAUAAAGGCACUUCGGACAGCUCCUCUGGCAACGUGUCUGAGGGGGAAGGCCUUCCCGACAGCCAGGAGGAGCCUCUCCAGGGAAAACAGAGAUCCAAGGACAAAGCUGCCACCCCAAGAAAAGACGCUUCCAAACGUUCUGUACUGUCCAAGUCAGUUCCUGGGUACAAGCCAAAGGUCAUUCCAAAUGCUCUAUGUGGAAUUUGUCUCAAGGGUAAGGAGACCAACAAGAAAGGGAAGGCUGAGUCACUUAUCCACUGCUCCCAGUGCGAUAACAGCGGCCAUCCUUCUUGCCUGGAUAUGACCAUGGAGCUUGUUUCUAUGAUUAAGACCUACCCAUGGCAAUGUAUGGAAUGUAAAACUUGCAUUAUAUGUGGACAACCCCACCAUGAAGAAGAAAUGAUGUUCUGUGAUGUGUGUGACAGAGGUUAUCAUACUUUUUGUGUGGGCCUUGGUGCUAUUCCAUCAGGUCGCUGGAUUUGUGACUGUUGUCAGCGAGCCCCCCCAACACCCAGGAAAGUGGGCAGAAGGGGGAAAAACAGCAAAGAGGGAUAAAAUAAUUUUUUGACCCCAACAUUGUAAUAUGCAUUUAAAUGAACUAUUUGGUGCCAAUUUAUUUACAACAUUCUCAUUUUUAUUCCAAUAAAAGAUUUUUGAAAUUAAC